GUGGAGAUGGAGGUGGACGGGCAGGACGAGGAGGCAGAGAGGGAGAUGGCGCCGAAGAAGUUGCGCAUUCGUGGUGAAGCGCAAGUCCCUGAUGAGAGGAGGGAGCCUACUAGCCAUGAAGCGAAAGCCCUCAUCAUCCCGAACGACAAAGACAAUUGGACAUAUGACAAGGGGGUUCGCCAGCCGUCGAGCAUGCUUGGAGCUCUUAUUAGGACGUAUUGGCCGGGCUUUUACACUCCGGUCCCCGGCGGCGAGAAGAAGCUAGCCGAGACUUGGGCGGACUAUGAGGCAGCUCCUUGCCCGGGCUUUGGGAAAGAUUCUGACGCCGUGUACACCAAGUUUUGGACCCAUUAUAGGGUGCCUGAUGAUAUGGUUGAGCAUGGGAAGGCGGUACUGACUAGGGCUUGUCAGAGGUUGACACGGCAACAGUGGUACAAUCAGAAGCAUACCUGCAUCGGGCACUUCAAGGCUGAGCAGGGCACGAGGGUCAAGAAAGCUGACAAUAUCAAGGACGAUACUCAGCUGACGAAGGAUGAUUACAUGAAGCUAAGUAAAUUGUCAAUGAGAUUCUAUGUCGCUGCAUAGUUGGGAUUGCAUUAU